AUGGGCGCACCGGGCGGCGGACUCUCGCGCGAUGCCGCGGUCGAGCACACGGGGAUCGGGAGCGCGGCGGGGCAGGGCGCCUUCCGCACGUGCGAGCGGCACAUCCAGGCGGUGUUCGACGCCGCGAUCAGGAACAAGAGCGACAAGGACCGACGCCAACGGCGCCCUCUGGCUGGCUGGGCGCCUGCCCGCGACCGACGACGGCGAGGACGACCGCGCCACGCUGCAGGACCGGCUGCGCCAGAGGUGGGACGGCGCGAAGAUGGACGAGGC